AUCAAAGACUUUGCAUUUUCAAAAACACUCAACGCUCUUUCAGCUGCUUAGCUUUACACACUCAAACAAUGGAGAGAGCAACACCUGUCCGGAAACCCCACACCAAUACCGCCGAUCUGCUCUCCUGGUCGGAAGCUCCGCCAGCGAACAACUCCUCCGCCUCCUCCGGCAAUGCCUCUCGCUCCGGCGCGCGUUCUCAUCAGCCGUCUGACGGAAUCAGUAAGACGCUGUUUGGAGGUCAAAUCACUGAUGAGGAAGCUGAGAGCUUGAACAAACGGAAACCUUGUUCAGGGUAUAAACUAAAGGAGAUGAGUGGUAGCAAUAUUUUUUAUGCUGAUGGUGAAGAUGAUGCCUCAGAAUCGGGAGCUGUUAAUGGUAACUUUAACAACCGUACAUCUGUCCGCAUUGUGCAGCAAGCUGCAAACGGGAUAAGCCAGAUUUCAUUCAGUACUGAAGAAAGGAUCUCUCCCAAGAAACCUAGCACUCUGACAGAAGUGGCAAAGCAGAGAGAGUUGAGUGGAACACUAGAAAGUGAGUCAGAUAGCAAAGUGAAGAAGCAGCUGUCAAAUGCAAAGAGCAAGGAACUCAGUGGCAAUGACAUCUUCGGCCCUCCUGCGGAAAUUCCUCUGAGAUCUUUGGCUGCUGCCCGAUCCAUGGAGUCAAAAGAAAGCAAAGACAUGGGUGAACCUGCUCCACGAGCUGUACGCACGUCUGUCAAGGUUUCUAAUCCUGCUGGUGGUCAAAGCAAUAUCUUGUUUGGUGAUGAACCUGUUGUCAACACAGUAAAGAAAAUACAUGACCAGAAGUUUGCGGAGUUGACUGGCAAUGACAUUUUCAAGGGAGAUGUCCCUCCUGGAUCUGCAGAAAAGCCACUGAGCAGAGCAAAGCUGAGAGAAAUGAAUGGCAAUGAUAUUUUUUCUGAUGGCAAAGUUGAAUCCAGAGAUUACUUUGGUGGCGUGCGCAAACCACCAGGUGGAGAGAGCAGCAUUGCACUAGUUUAGAUGAUGUUAACUUGUAGUGUUCCUGCAACAUUUCAGCUACUGACUAGUGAUGCUUUUAGUGUUUGGUGGAAUUAGGACUGAGGGUUGUACACAUUGAUGUGUUAACCAUGUUGUACGAACAACUUCCAAACUCUAAUUUAAAUUAAUUUGGAGGAUUUAACAGGGUAUUUUCACAGAUUUUGCUC